AUGGAAUUUAAUGCGGAUAUUGAUAUGGAAGAGCACGACGAAAACAGUGGUGAACAACCUAGCCCAAUACCAAUAGUUAAUCGGCGAACUGGAAGUGAUGAUUCAUCCUCUAUUUCUCAGUUCUCACCUUCAUAUGCGGAGGACGACGUAGAAGAAACGCUAGAUGGAACCCUGGUGCCGGAUGAAAAUGCACCAGAAGUUCCUAUUGUUAAUAAAACAGAACCAGUGGUUUUACCCUCCAAAACUGGACUGAAAGUGAAAGUUAAUAGGCUUCAUAUAACAGCAGAAUGGAAGUGGACGGCUUGCGAAAACGAUACAUGUGGGAUUUGUAGAAUGCCGUUCGAGGCUUGUUGCGUAGACUGUUCUAUGCCCGGCGAUGGUUGCCCUUUGGUUCUUGGACAGUGUCGGCAUCCCUUUCACAUGCACUGUAUUUUGAAAUGGACCGAAACUCAGAACGCACCUAAGCCGCAAUGCCCACUUUGCAGGCAAGAGUGGAAGUUCUCACCGGAAAUGCCUUCUGGGCGACCGCAGUGA